CCACUAGUUGUGUUCUACUAGCCCUCUGUCUCACUCUCUCUCUCUCCAUCAUCUUCAAAGCAGCCACUAACUCCCUCUCUCCAUAACUUGUCUCUGACACUUGAUCUCCUUUUCACCACUCUAACUUGCAUUAUUUUUUUGACAGUACAUCCCAUUUUGUUCACUCAGGAAUUUCACUCCCUUUGUCUCGUUAGGGUUCUCUGACUCUCUGAACUAGUUCUUCUGACAUAUAUACACACAACUAUAUUCAUAUUUUCAUCCAUUUUAUAAGAUGUCUAGCCGAAGGUCACGAUCGAGACAAUCGGGAGCUUCAAGGAUCACUGAUGAUCAAAUCAAUGAUCUUGUUUCCAAGUUGCAGCAGCUUCUUCCUGAGAUUCGCAAUAGGUGCUCCGACAAGGUUUCUGCAGCUAAGGUCUUGCAGGAGACGUGCAAUUACAUAAGAAGCUUGCAUAGAGAGGUUGAUGACCUAAGUGAACACUUGUCGGAAUUAUUGGCAACUUCAGACACCAACCAAGCAGCGUUGAUUAGGAGCUUACUCAUGCAGUAGCCCUAGCUAUGAAAUUCUUCUUAUGGGACUUCAA